AUGGCUGUGGAUUUUUCGAGCGACUCGCCUCUGGCGAUGCAGCUGCAACAGGUAGUCCAGCCCAAGCUCGCUGAGUUUGGAUGGACGACUGGCGGCGAAGACACGACGCUUUUCGAGUACAUUCUCCUUAUGCUGGCCAACGACAAGAACGAAGCGCAGGUCGCAUCAGAACUCUCAAAUGAUUUGCUCGACCUGGGUCCGGAGAACACAGAGACACAGCAAUUUGCGCAGUGGUUAUUCGAGCAAAUCGAGCACCUGAAGCAGUCGAGCGGCGGCAAUGCACAAGUCUCGCAGUCAAUCGAAAACCAGAUGGACGGCUCAUCAAACGACAACAUGGCAGCAGCGCAAGAUACAGACAUGGAAGGCGCGUCAGAAGGACAAGGCAAUAUUCCUACAGGUCCCAAGGCUAUGCGUAACGGUAGCGGCGCCCAAGCAGCACGUCCAGCGCGCGGCGGUCGGAUGCUUAACCAGCUUAACAAAAACAUGGACCGCAACAACGACUCAGUAUUACAUCGCGUACGUGGCGCCGGCGGCGGCGUUGGAAGAGUGAACGCACACGCCCGUGAUCCACCGAAAGGCCCACGAGGCCAGAACAUUGGUCGCGGAAUGGAAGCCAUGGCCAACGGUCGUGGUAUGGGCAAUGCCAACAUGAACAUGGGGCAAAACAACGCUGGUAUGAAUGGUAUGGGAAUGGGCGGUAUGCCAGGAAUGCCCAUGCCGGGAAUGGGUGGUCAGAACAACAUGCCAGGCAUUGGCCUGAACCCGCAACAGCAAAUGGCGCUCAUGCAGAUGUACGAGCAACAGGCACAGAUGAUGCAACAGAUCUUCUCCGGCGGCCAGCCAGCUGGCUUCGUCAACCCCAACUUCCACAACAACCGCAAUGGACCUAAGAAGCCAUUACACCAACGCAUAGAUCGGUCACACCAGGGCGGCAGAGGCAUGAACCCGAACGCCAAAACUUUCCAGAAGAAGGAGGGCGAGGACGAGACUAUGGCCGAUGGCCCAGCUGGAGAGAACGGCAGCGGUAUGGACGUCGAAAUGCCUUCUGGGCGCCUAGAUCCCUCUUCCACCAUGUGCAAGUUCAACCUGCGAUGCAGCAACCCCGACUGCCACUUUGUCCACCAGUCGCCUGCCGCGACACCUGGCACACCUGUCGACAUGAACGAUACGUGUGAUUUUGGAGCGGCGUGUAAGAACAAGAAGUGUGUUGGCAAGCACCCAUCGCCCGCACAGCGUCAAAAGUUCCAGUCCGAGCAGGAGUGUGCGUUCUGGCCCAACUGCCGCGAUCCCUCAUCCUGCCCUUACAAGCACCCUACUGCGAAGCCAUGCCACAACGGCGCCGACUGCACAGUGGAGGGUUGCAAAUUUGGCCACAGUGCCAUCAUGUGCAAGUUCAACCCGUGUUUGAACCCCCGCUGCUUGUAUAAGCACGAGCCCGGUCAAAAGAAGAACACAACUAAUGUCUGGGUUGCUCCUAAAGAGGGUGAACAUGUUAGCGAGAGGAAAUUUGUUGACGAUGAGCAAAAAGAGGAGCUUAUCAUCCCUAACAAGGACCAGGAGAUGCAACAGGCCCCGGCGAACGAGAGUGUGGAUGUGCAGUCAUAG